UGUGUGUGUGUGUGUGUGUGUGUGUGUGUGUGUGUGUGUGUGCGUGUGGCUAUAUAAACUCCACAAUAUACAGAGAAGAAAUGCCUCCAUUUGAAAGAAUCUAGAAUGAGAAUAGCCCAGGAGGAGGAGGAGGAGGAGGAGGAGGCUGCCCCAACUGAUGCUAUAGUAUAUACUGUAACAGGCACUGCGGAGAGCUGCAGUAGAUCUGAGUAGCCAUAAACCAAUUAAUUGGAUAAAAUGGGAAAAGAACAAUCAGCUUCACCUCCACCUCCCAAACUCGAAUUUGAUCAACCAGGGGGGGAAAUGCCUUGGGGAGAAAAGGACAAAAUUGAACAGAAACUGAGGACAUUCAAGCUCAAGAGAACAAGUGCUCAGUUUGUCAGGAUUCUGGUUGUUGGUGAAGUCGGAGCAGGAAAGUCCAGUUUUAUAAACUCAGUCAAUAAUGCUUUCCAAGGACGAAUCACCUCUGAGGCUCUUGUUGAAAGGACAGGAGGUGCCAGUUUCACAAAAAUCUACAAAACUCAUUAUAUUGAAGCAGAGGAUGGCUCCAGUUUGCCUUUUGUUUUUAAUGAUAUCAUGGGACUUGAGGACAGAGAGUCUGGUGCGAAAGCAGACGACAUCAUCAGAGCCAGAGACGAGUUACUUCAUGAAGGACACAAGGUAAGUAAAUUGUUCAUGCAGUCAAAGAAUGACAUAUUAACAUGUGAA